AUGAUGCAGAAAGUUAAAAUAGAUCGUAGCAAACCCAUUCUUGUUGAGGCAAUUGAUGAAAACCUAGACAUACAACACGGAUCUUCUGCUUCCAUAUGUUUUCGCAUUGCCGAUUUAGGUUGUUCAAUCGGACCAAAUACAUUCACCUCAGUGAAGAACCUAAUCGAAGCCAUAAAACAAAAACACCAAAUCGAAGGCCAGACCACUCGCAUCCCAGAAUUUCAAGUGUUCUUCAAUGAUCAUGUUGACAAUGAUUUCAAUGCUCUUUUCACCAACUUCCCACCAGAUAGGCCAAACUUCGCAGCCGGAGUUCCAGGUUCUUUUCAUAGCAGACUGUUCCCAAAGGCCUGCCUUAAUUUUGUUGACUCUGCAAAUGCACUACAUUGGCUUUCUCAUGCUUUUAAUAAGGGGAGGAUUUACUACACAAAUGAACAUAAGGAAGUUGCAAACAUUAUUUUUUUGAAGACUCUACAUUUGUCUCAUAACCUUUCAACUGCACCAGCAGCAACUGAGAAAGUUAAAAUAGAUCGUAGCAAACCCAUUCUUGUUGAGGCAAUUGAUGAAAACCUAGACAUACAACACGGAUCUUCUGCUUCCAUAUGUUUUCGCAUUGCCGAUUUAGGUUGUUCAAUCGGACCAAAUACAUUCACCUCAGUGAAGAACCUAAUCGAAGCCAUAAAACAAAAACACCAAAUCGAAGGCCAGACCACUCGCAUCCCAGAAUUUCAAGUGUUCUUCAAUGAUCAUGUUGACAAUGAUUUCAAUGCUCUUUUCACCAACUUCCCACCAGAUAGGCCAAACUUCGCAGCCGGAGUUCCAGGUUCUUUUCAUAGCAGACUGUUCCCAAAGGCCUGCCUUAAUUUUGUUGACUCUGCAAAUGCACUACAUUGGCUUUCUCAUGCUUUUAAUAAGGGGAGGAUUUACUACACAAAUGAACAUAAGGAAGUUGAUGGAACAGCUCUAGCAGAGUCCUCAAUUAGUCCAUAUUUGCUUCCAUUGGAGUCUAGCCUUUUGGACAUGACAAGUCAGGGAAUUCUUAGCAAUGCUAAAAUCGAUUCAUUCAACGUGCCCCUAUACAGCCCAUUAUCUGAGGAGCUAAAGAUGACAGUUCAAAGAAAUGAAUGUUUUGACAUUGUAAAAUUGGAGACACUUGGGUUCAAGUCUGUACGACUGCUAUCUAUGCAAGAAUGCAGGGCAGUAUUCGAGGAGAUUACCAAAAAACACUUUGGUGGUGAGAUAGUCGAAGAUUUGUUUGAUCAACACAACCAUCAAAAAACACUUUGGUGGUGA